AUGCGGCGGAAUCCAGCCCGCCUAACGCCUACCAAGGCUCCUUCCCCGUCUGCCGGCCCUCCAUCGCAUAGUCGCAACUCAUCGCGCACAGAGUCUUUGCUACAUAUCACUGCGACGAUUUCUGAGACUUCGCCAACACAGGAUGGAACUUUCGAUCCUCUAUCCGAUGCUGCCGCAGAUGCGUCCUACACCGCACAGAGUAAUGCUCGAAGACUGGAGGAGUUGAAGAGACAAAUGGAGCAGACUCUGAUGAAUCAGCAAGCGCAACACCACCACCACCACCACAAGUCGCCCAAGGCAGGAACAGGAACCGAAAGAAGCCGGAGUCCCACGCGCAUGCAGAUCCCUUCUCCGGGUAGCGGCCCCCGUACGGCAAUCAGCUCGAAGCCUCAGUCGCCAUUCGAUGCUCCUCCUCAUACAGGAUCCAACGGAUCAGCUACCACUGUCAAGGGUUUGCCCGGCAGGACGCCGGAUAUUCAUGUUCCCAAAACCCCGUCUUAUCCGUUCCCAUUAAUGCCAGCUUUACGAAAUCAGCAUGCAACAACAAAUGGUCAACUACAAUCGGAUGCCGCCGCGCAGAAUGCCAGCAGUCGAAUGAAAGAAAAGUCUAAGUCUAAACGAACCGCGUCCAAAGCUCCCGGCACCAUUGAUAUGAGCUCUCCUCCGAAGAUCAAAUCUGGCUCUCACAUGAGCUUCUACCUGCCAGAAAGUGCUAAUAUAUCCGAAGAUCCUAUGUACCCAAGCCCCAAUCUCUACAACGUGAUAUUGAAACUCAACUCCGAGCCGGGACUGGAAGCAUGGUGGAAAAACGUCAUUGAUAUUCUUCAGACUCAUUACGGAAUGGAGAGAGCAUCUCUUGCCGUUCCUGGCGAUCCUACUGAUCUGGAGAAUGUCCCAUGGGGCCAGAAAGCCAGCUUCAAUCCUAACGAACUUUUCGAUGUGGCCGAUCCUACAGCAUCAUCGUCAGACGCGCUGACUGCCUUCAAUGAAGGUGCCGUGCAGGAGGAGGAGGAAAAGGACGACGCCUCGUCGAAAAGAGAGGAUCUCGGAAACACACCGACUCAAAAGAAACACUCGUCUUCUAAGAGGCCAUCGUUACUAGCGCGGCAUUCUUUUGCUGGGUUUACCCGAGACCGGAAGAGCGUUGGCACCCCUUCCAUCAGCGGUACUCCUGCUAAAUCUACCUAUGAAGUUUCACCUACAGUCUCAUCAAUAGGGUACCCGACGAGUAGCGGUGCCGAGUCCCCGCCUUCAUCGACUUUUGUAUCCCAGGACAAUGAUAUGAAAUUGGGCCUAGGCCCUGGGGAACCUCCUGCCCCUAGAGCCUCAUCUUCAAUGGCCGUUUUUACUAUCCCCCGGGACCUAGAAGCAGAAAACCAACCUUUAGUGAAAUCAACGGGCAUCGUGAAACUCUUCGGCCGAAACAAACCCGCAGUGUUGACUCGAGAAUAUGCGUAUGACCCGGCAGCGCCUUCGUCGUUCGAAGCUGAUGUGACCGCCGCGGUACAGAGUCCGAGUGACGUACUACAAGCGACCCCAGCUAGUGAACCGUCACCUUCCAUUCGUCCAGAGCCGAUCAAGGUCGAUAAAGACCAUAACGUUAUACCACCACCACAGACUCAAGGCAGCAGGGUGAAAUCAUCAGCGCUCAAUCCACAUGUUUUGUCGCACAAGAAAGAUUCUCCCGGUCAACAUGCAUUUCCACUUUACGAAGAGUAUGAACAGGUUCCAAGCUCACCAUGGUCUCAAUCUCCAGCGCCAUCACCGGCCCCGCGGGUAAAUCCAGAGCAAAAUCCAUUUUUCAUGAACCAUGCUGUAGAUGAAACAGCUUUCGCGCAGGAUCCUCCACCCCACGACUAUGCUCAGGCGCAACCAGUUGCUGCAAUUGGCGUGGACAGGUCAAAGAGUGUCGUUCAUGUCCCUUUAAUAUACGCAGGUAAUACACAGGAGCUCACGUCGGAGACGGUUAGGUUUCCUGUGGCUGUUCUCUCUUUUCUAUCACCAGUUGUCCCGUAUCCGGCAAAUUUGAGGUCCUCGCUGUUGUACCUGAUGCCCCAUCUUACUUCAUCCUAUUCGCUGGCCCACCAGUACAGUCAGCUCGAAAGACAACUGGUCCCUGGAGUCUACAAACCCCGCUUUGGACAUCUUCUCGGUCUUGGUGGCACAUUCUCGGACGCGAGCAGCGAGCUUGAGCUGGUAGCUGGCCUUAGCGGCCAAGCAAUGACGGAUGGUGGUUCCAUGUCAGCGCGAGCUAGCGUAUCUAGUCCUGAUGAAGUUUCCAAUGCUUCAAAAUUCAGCCCCUCUCUGUCAAUCGUGGGCACACCUGCUAUCGACAAUGUGAGUACAGGUCCUGCCAGUGAGCCAGGCACAACACCGGCGAUAGGACAGAAUGUCGAUCAGAGCGAUGGAUACUUCAACCUUCACCAAGUGCGAAACUCCGCUGCUCCUCUUACCGCUCGUAGUCGGGGAUCAAGAUCCAGACAGAAUCUCUAUCCGUCAAUCCCCGUUUCACCGAGCAUCGCUCGAUCGAAGUCGGUUCGUGAAGAAGAUUGGCUGGGCCGGGACUCAAGAACCACUGAUCAAUCUCAUGAUAGCGGACGGCCAACACCAGCCUCUGCUCCCACUCGCAGUUCGUCUCGAAACGCCUCGACUACAUCAGUGAUUGCGCAGUUACAGCGAGAAGGUGUCUCUAUUUCUGAACAUAUAUUCCAGCUGAUGCUUAAUUCAGUACCAUUACACCUUUUCUUAGCCAAAGCGUCAUCUGGUGAGGUGUUAUGGACCAAUUCCAAGUUCGACGCUUACCGUCGAAGUCACCCGCAAGAGCAGUCAAUUAGAGACCCUUGGCAAAACGUACAUCCCGAGGAGGUGGAAUCUCUAUCGAAGCAGUGGCACAAGGCUCUCCAGACAGGAUCUCAGUUUACUGAAAGAGUACGGGUAAAGCGAUUCAACGAUGAUAAUGCCUAUAGGUGGUUCAUCUUCCGCGCAAAUCCGUUGCUAUCUCAAACAGGGCAAGUUGUUUCAUGGAUUGGAUCGUUUCUGGACAUACAUGAGCAGCACGUGUCCGAGUUGCGCGCCGCACAGGAACGCGAGACUUUUGCAACUAAUGCGAAGUACCGUGCCCUCGCCAACUCGAUCCCUCAGAUCGUCUUCGAAGCGACCGAGCUUAGAGGAUUGAUCUCAGCGAACGAACAGUGGCAUCUGUACACUGGUCAAUCCAUCGAAGAGGCAAUGAAUUACGGUUUCACAGCGUAUAUCCAUCCCGACGAUUUGGAAAAAUGCGGUAUAUUGUCAUCAGAGAUCUUUAGAGGGAGAACUUCAAGUGACGUGGCUUCGAAACAUCCCGAUGUUGGCCCUCUCAAAUUAUUCGCUAAUGGGGUGACUCCCGGCUUAAUUGAGCUCGUCAACCAAGGUAUAGUCAAUUCUCAGCAAGAUGAAAAUGGGCGUAUCUUCUACACUACUGAGCUCCGAAUACGGUCUAAAGGCGGUGGUUAUCGCUGGCAUCUCGUGCGACUAGUCAAGGUGGAAACUAGCAACUUUGGAGAUGACGAGGCAUCGUGGUAUGGCACUUGUACUGAUAUCAAUGAUCGGAAGCUUUUGGAACGCGAAUUGAACAAAGCGAUGCAAAAGUUGAACCGAGAGAUGGAGUCCAAGACAAAGUUCUUCAGCAAUAUGUCUCAUGAAAUCAGGACACCAUUGAACGGUAUACUUGGAACAAUCCCGUUCAUUCUCGACACAACGCUAGACCAUGAACAGCGUCGCAUGUUGGAUACCAUUCAGAACAGCUCAACCAAUCUUCGCGAAUUGGUUGACAAUAUUUUGGAUGUCUCGCGAGUUGAAGCUGGGAAAAUGAAUAUGGUCAAAUCCUGGUUUCACCUUCGCUCUGUUCUCGAAGAUGUCAUUGAUACCGUUGCGCCCAGAGCCAUUGACAAGGGUCUCGAAAUCAACUAUCUCAUGGAUACCGAUGUCCCUGACAUGGUUAUUGGGGAUAGAUUCCGUAUACGACAAGUACUCAUCAACCUCAUGGGUAAUGCAGUCAAAUUUACUCCACAUGGAGAAAUCUAUACUCGAUGCUCUGUUUACCGUGAACCCGGAGUUCCACUCAGAGAUACCGAGUUAUUGCUCAAUUUCGAGGUUGUCGAUACAGGAAAAGGUUUCAGUAACACGGAUGCUCAGAGAUUGAUGCAACGGUUCAGUCAGCUUGGCGGAAAUGGAUCUCAGCAAAAUGCUGGCAGCGGACUUGGACUUUUCUUGUCAAAGCAGUUGGUCGAGAUGCACGGUGGUAAACUAACCCCUAGCAGUAGAGAGGGACAAGGCGCCAAGUUUUCCUUCUACAUCAAAGUCGAUGCACCUCCGCAAGUACCAGAGCCCCCGUUGACACGACGGUCAUCCGAUAUGUCCGAGGCUGCAACGGCUGCAUCUCAGGGAAGCUCCCAGCUUCGCAUUCCUUUGCAUUCAACCAAUUCCACCGAUUCCAAAAUAUUCAGUCUCCAGGAUUUAUCUCCUGCUCUUGAUAUGUCUCCCUUGACUGAACUGUCUGGCAGCCCUGAUCCUUCUAUACGUUCCGGGUUCCAUUACCGAACCGGCUCAUCAGUCUCUUCAGCAGUAGCGACUCCGGACUCUCUGGCUCCGUCCGAGUUGGGACCAAAGAUCAGACCAUCUCCACUAGCCCAGGACUUCUCGUCUGCGGACACCAAUGAGAGCAACGAGACAUUGGUACAGUCUACGCCUACCAUUGAGAAGGCCUUGGGACCUAGUUAUCUUCGACCAGUUAUCUACUCUGUUCUUAUCAUUUGUCCUCUUGAUCAUGCUCGAGAUGCUGUGAAGCAGCAUAUUGAGCAGGUCAUACCUCUUGAAGUCCCUGCAACAUCAACAGCGCUCGCCGAUCUAGAUGACUGGAAAGAUUUGAGAGAGACUAGUAGCUCGGUUACGUUUUCGCACGUUGUCUUGGAUUUCCCUGGCGGAGACGAAAUCAUGGAGGCGUUGCAGUAUGUGCUAACCUCUGAUAUGAAAACGAAACCGUCGAUUGUCAUUAUAUGCGAUUUGUACCAGAAGCGACAGAUCAGCGGCAAGAUUGAAGAAUUGAUAUCAGCCGAAUUCAGGGUUGAUACUGUACCAAAACCCGUCAAACCUUCAGCGUUUUCCCGGAUUUUCGAUCCCGACAACAGACGUGAUUUGAGCAAGGACCGUAAUCAGGAUAUGGCACGAGAGGUUAAUAACAACUUCAAGACAAUGUCCAAAAUGGUCAAAGAGGUCAUUGGAAACAAGGGAUACCGGAUUCUACUGGUUGAAGAUGACGAGACUAAUCGUAUGGUCAUGUUGAAAUACCUGGAUAAGGUCAAAGUGGUUUCAGAAACGGCGAGCAAUGGACAAGAAUGCUUGGACAUGGUUCUUUCUCACGAGCCAGGCUACUAUUCCUUGAUUAUUUGUGAUAUUCAAAUGCCUAUCAAGAAUGGAUAUGAAACUUGUCGGGAGAUCAGAGAGUGGGAAGCCAAAAAUCACUUCCAUCAAAUCCCUAUUAUGGCGCUGUCUGCCAACGCGAUGACCGAUCAAAUCGACGAUGCUGCUCGGGCCGGAUUUAACGAUUACGUGACCAAGCCAAUUAAACACAAUGAGCUUGGCAAGAUGAUGAUGAAUCUCCUUGAUCCUAAUACGCCUGGAACUCUACUACGAGAUCGCAAAGAUUGGCGGCAACAAAAAGCUUAGUAUAAUAAUAGCUUACACUGUUUACGCUCUCGUCCUUUGCGUCCUUCUGAGAUCGAUGAUUUCAACUUGAAGAAGACCUUCAUUACGAUGUCGGCCAUCUGUUACAUUAUAUAUACAUACAUAAGGCGUUUGCACGAGCGGAUGGUGUCUGGGACUGGAUUAUAAUGCCGUUACUGUUACAUGACUUCGCUUCUUGUAUUACCCUUUCACAUACCCAUGCGUUUUGUCUUACCUUUACUUUUGCCUUUCUGUUCCUGGCAUGGCAUCUAUGCGUCUUCGACUUCAAUUUUCUCUCCCCUCUAAUUCUUGGGUAAUAUCAUGUAUAUGAAACUCGAAAUGCGUGGGAUUUUUGUCUUUGUUAUUGUUUUGGGGGUUUACUAUAAGCGGAGAAAGCAUUUUUAAACACGCUGCAUGGGAUGCUUUUGUUGGGAACAGAAUUUGCUUUGUUCUAUUGUCUCGUGGGACUUUACAUGCAUAUAAUUGGAGUUUAUCAAAGAAUAUACUCGCUGUUUAGCGGAGAUACCUAGGUUUGUCGACCAGGCUAACCUCUCCCUAUAGACUGCUCUUCCAAGGUUAAAGACCAUUCUCGGAGAUGAAAUCAUUCCAAUUAUCCAAAAUAGCAUCCUUCUCAACCCCCUUCCACAACUCAUCAACCCGUUCAGCAACUCUCGUCGUAAGCGGUCCUCUUCUCAACCCUUCCAAUGUAGCAGUCAACUGAUCACCAGACCUCGAGCCAACGAUAAUACCAUCCCCAUUCUCCCCAUCGAGAUACGAAUGAUACACAAUCCACCUGUACGCCAACUCAGCCUGCGAGAUACCUUCGUCGCGGGCCAAUUUUCCGAAUUCAGCGAGAAAUUCCAACAUGGAUGGUUUAUUGUAUAGCGCAUGCAUCAUCUUGCCAAAUAUCUGACUCGUAUCAAACCUCCCUUUAGCAUUCGCAAUGUCUCCGGGUGUCUUGGUCAGAAAUCCACCUGCAAUAGGCGAAUACGCGUAAAACGCGAUGCCGUAUUUGCGUAGGAUGGGGAAUAAUUCGGUUUCUAUUCGUCGGCCCACGGCGUUGUAGUUUCCUUGGUAUACGGAAGGGAGGACGAAGUUGUUCUCUAGAGCGGUGCGGUAGACUUCCUUUACUUGGGCGGGAGAGAAGUUUGACAGGCCGAAGCGUUUGAAUUUGCCGGAUUUGUGGGCUGCGUUGAUGCCGGAGAGGGUGUCUUUAAGGGGGAUGCGUUUGUCGGGGGCGUGGAUGUAGUAUACAUCUAC